AACAAAGCAGCAAAUACAAAUAAACAGAAAUAAACUGUGUCUGAGCAAGAGCAAAUGACACCACUUAUUGGAGCACAGUAAAUAGGUUAUGUCAGAAUUUGGCAUACAUAUAUAUGUAAAUAUGGUUUUAUAUGUAUGAUUUAUUGUGCUUGCAUUAUUGUUGUUGUUUAUUUAUUUUAUAUUUCUAUAUAGAUUAAAAAUAUGUGUCAUAAUAGUAUUGUAAUAACAACAUUUGCAUAUAUGGAUCCAAACGAACUGAUAUGGAUAUCUACGUGCUUAUAUACAUAUACAUAUGUACAUAUGUAGAGUUGUAAGCAUUUAAUUGAAAUGUAAGAACUUCGUUGACAAUACAAAAUUCAGCCAGAGCGAUACCCAUCUGCAUAUAUCCAAGUUUAAGGACAAUAGCAUGUGCACAUCAGCUUACAUAUUUACAUACCUACACACAUGCAAUACAACUUUAUAUGUUGCUAUCUGCUUUACAUGUAUCCAUAAAGCACCGAUCGCUGCUGAUGGAAUUUAAUCUGGAUAUAAUAUGCUUGAGUUCGCUUAUACUCGCUGUCUUCGCUGAGUGUAAAUGUGUAUGUAUGGAUGUAUGUAUGUAUAUGUGGAAUUGUAUGCAAAGCAGAUGUAUGAAGAUAAAGUUCUCACAAAGAUAUCGUAAACUAACAAUACAAUUAAUUUAUUUCUGGUAUUAAUUUCAUUUUUUAUACUCGCUUUUGUUGUUGCUUUUUUUUAAAUAUAUUUUGUAUGCAUGUAAUUAAAACAGCAAACGCUUUAUGGACUGUUUUGGGUGCGCAGUUAGUCAGUCACACGCUCUCACUUAGGAUGUGUGGCGCGAAGAUCGGUUCUAAGUGCGUCGCCGUUCUGUUACGCGAAUCUAAUAUAUACAAAAAUUGCUUGUAUGAAUUAAAGAAAUUCUAAUUUAUUAGUGAAAUAAAGAGCGCUACUUGCCAUUGAUAUACUCAUACAUUUAGCAUUUUUUGGCAAAAAUAACUCGAGCGUCCAGACAUUUUCGCAAAACAUUUGUGACCAGCGAACCCAGUGUCAAAUUUACUCACCAACUGGUGUUCCAGCCGCCACUAUGUGCUGGUGUUUACGUGUCUAUUGGACUGUUCUGCAUAAUUUGUUCACACGAUUUGUGACAAAUUUUGCCGAUUCCGUUUAUAAUAGUGAUCUGUGUGCAUGUCUAAUGUGUGGUUCGCAAUCUGCGUGUUGUUUUUGUUGUGAUCGUUGUUUGUUUUAUAAACAUGCUCAACAUGAGGCGCACAAAUCAAAUGAUAAUGAUGGAGAGCAGCGUGAAUUGACGUUGGCAGAUGUGGAAGAGGGACAAGCCAAAGCAAACUCUCCAUUUCAACAUCAUGAUUACGUCAUAGUUGAUGACAUCGACGCCAAUUAUCUUGAGAUUGAACGUCGAAAAAUUGAAACCGAACACUAUUAUCGUCUCGUAGAUCGUGCAACUGCUGAGCAAAUACUCAAUUGUUGCGAGGAUGGUGCCUGCUUAGUGCGACCAUUCAAAGAAGCGGAUCUAACAAUAAAGUAUAUCGUAACGGUAUAUGCACAACAGCAAUACUUCCAUCUCUUCAUACGACAAUUAAAUGGCAAAGAUGCUUACAGCAUUGGACAGCAAAAGCCAAAUGAGAAAGUAUUCAAGUCACCAAGUGAUAUUAUCGACUUUUAUAGCUUCAAUGCAUUGCAAUGUACAAAUAAAAAGAUUAGCGUUUGCUUAGUAUUAAAACCAGUUGUUACUUAGAGAUAGAUACUUUAAUUUAAUUGUACUUUAGUUAAUUUAUAGCAAUUUAAAUUAAUUGUAUUGUUUUAAUUUUAUUUUUAAUUAAUUUAAUUUAAUAUUAUUAUUUAAUUUAUUGCUUAAAUUAUAAUUUUGA